UGGCCUCUUCUCCCAAGCAACUAGUGAGAGGACGAGAGGACAUAAUCUUAAACUGCAGGUUUAGUUUGGACAUUAGAAAGACUUUCUUCAGAGAAAGGAUGAUUAGACAUUGGAAUGGACUGCCCAGGGAGGUGGCGAUUACAUGUGCACAUAUGAUGGUAUUUGGUCAUACGUUGGACUCGAUGAUCUCAGAGGUAGUUUCCAACCAAACUGAUUCUGUGACUCUGUGAUUCUACAGACAGCAGCAAAUUCUGGGCCUGGUUCUAGAGCAGGUUCAGUUUGGUCCACCAUGCAGUCCAAGGUUGUGAUGCUGAAAGUAAUCACAGGGUGACUUGGGCAUUGCCACAAUCUCUGGGAAAGACUGAGGUGCUGCUGGUCCGGGUGCUGUCUUGCUGCUGGAGGGAAAUGGCAAUGGCGCCCACAGACAGUUUGGCCUUUGGUGCUUCAGCCAUGGCACACAGAGAAGCAGGAACAGCAAGGGGGUAGCAGGUCAAUGACAAGUUGUCCAGGCAGAUCAGGGACCUGGGCAGACGAGGCAUGAGGGAGCAGGGAGCAGUGAUACAUGAGGGGAGAGAGCAAGAGCAAUACAGGUCAGAAUAGAGGGGUACCAGAGGGGUCUGAGAGAACCAAGAGGUGGUUGGAUGAUCACUUGAGCCCCUCGGGGUGCACAUGCCCUGGACUGGACUGUGUGGAGAAGUGUGCACAGCAUCUGUCCAUCCUGCCUGAAUCUUGUUAACAUUGUUGAGAACUUCACUUUCAUAAGGUCUAAAAUUCUCUGCAUUUUAGAGAGAGCAGAAGGACUGUCUGGAGUGUAUGGGCUCUUCUUUCCUGGAAUGUAAAGAAAACCUCGGCUCUGCAGCUGGAGUGCAGGGGGCUUCAUUCCUUAGUGAAAGCAGAGAAGGGAAAUGCAGAUGUCACAGCUGGGACAGGAGAUUUAUCUUGGCAAGCAAAGAGGAAAAAUACUUUCAAAAAGAAAAGAGAAAACUCAGAAGAAUCCACUCCCCAUCUUCACUGCCUGCCAGCACGAGCAGAACCUCCAACCUGCAAAGGCCUUUCGUCUCCUGGGCCUGGGCUGCCGCCCAGCUGGAUUAGCCCCUCACUGCUUUCUCUUUGGAGUGAGACCAUUGUGAUGGGACCAGAAAGGCUGUGAGAACUAGGCUGAUCCUGAAGAGAGGCUGUUUCCAAACAACUCAGCUGGAGGUGGGAAAGGAAAAGUCACAGUCAAAGGAUGGAAGCAUGAAAAGGAAAAGGAGGGACAGAGGCAGCCAGGAUGACUACAGAGAAGUGGAUCCAGGGAGAGGAAAUCAUCCCCUCCUCAUCCAUGCAGAGUGCCCCUGGGCUACAGGAGUGACACCUUAAGGUGUUCCAUGCACAACCAGGCAGGGGAGAAGGCUUAGUGCCUCAGUCUCUGCUUGGGGCCUCCAGAGGUCAACACCAGCUCUGGGUGGGGAGAAACGUACAGUUUGCAUUUGGAUGUCUGAAUGCCUUACAUUAGCUCCCAAGAUAACUGUUGUACAACAGGAAAGGGUGUUCAAAUGAGAAGUGCACGCACGCACAUACAGUGUGCUAUUUAGACAACCCUAAGCAUGAGCAUUUCUCAGAGAACCUGGAUCACUUCUCUGACAACAUGGAGGAUUUCUCCAAUGACCUCUUCAGCAGUUUCUUCGAUGACCCAGUACUGGCUGAGAAGAAUCCACUGCUGGACAUGGACCUGGAUCCACCCACUCCAGGCAUCCAGGCAGAGCACAGCUAUUCCCUCAGUGGAGACUCUGCUCCCCAGAGUCCCCUUGUGCCUGUCAAGGCUGAAGAUAAUACUAAUGAGCUGGAGAAUGGAGUGUGGUCGCUGGGGCCCAAGCUCUGCUCCAUCAUGGUGAAACAGGAACAGAACCUGGCUCUAGACCUGCCUGAGUCCCAGCUAGCUGCCAGCUCCAUACCAGUGCUGAACCUCAACCCUCUGCAGAGACUGCCAGUCCCCGAGGAGAUUCCCAUAGAAAUGACUCCAGCACCUGUGAUCAAAGCUGAACCCAAAGAGGUGAACCAGUUUCUAAAUGUUCCUACAGUAGAUGACCUGGUGCAGAUGCCUCCAACUCCACCCAGCAGCCAUGGCAGUGACAGCGAUGGAUCUCAGAGCCCUCGGUCCCUGCCUCCCUCCAGCCCAGCCCGGCCUGCUGCUCGCUCUUCUACUGCCAUCUCCUCCUCACCUCUCCUCACAGCACCACAUAAGUUACAAGGAACGUCUGGCCCGCUGCUCUUGACUGAAGAGGAGAAGCGCACCUUGAUUGCCGAGGGUUACCCCAUUCCUACCAAGCUGCCCCUCACCAAAGCAGAGGAGAAAGCACUGAAGAGAGUCAGGAGGAAAAUCAAGAACAAGAUCUCUGCUCAGGAGAGUCGUAGGAAGAAGAAAGAGUAUGUGGAGUGUCUAGAGAAAAAGGUCGAGACAUACACAACAGAAAACAAUGAACUCUGGAAAAAAGUGGAGACCUUAGAAAAUGCAAACAGGACUCUGCUCCAGCAGUUACAGAAGCUGCAGGCUCUGGUAGCUGGGAAAGUCUCCAGACCUUAUAAAAUGGCUUCCACGCAGACUGGGACCUGUCUAAUGGUGCUGGCACUCUGCUUCGUUCUGAUCCUGGGAUCCCUGAUGCCCUGUCUCCCUGAGUUCUCCUCAGCAUCACAGACAGUGAAAGCAACACCAGCACCAGACAUUUACACAACUAGUAAGAUUCAGUCACGGAGCCUUCUUUUCUAUGAUGAGGGUGCUGGCUCCUUAGAAGAGAGCUAUAGCUCCUUCCUAACCAUGGACCAUCCUGAGGGGUGGGAGGCUGAAAAAAGGCAAUCUGAGGAGGGAAGGCCUCAUCUGGCCAGGACACAUGAGACAGCCAAAUAUUUGAGCAAAACCCAGCUGGAGGGUCCUGACCAGAACCGAACUGACACAACUCUCACCCACCUCAAAGAGCAAUUCCAUAAGAGGGAGACAAGCUCCAGUGAGACAACUGAAUUCUUGUAGCAGCUGCUGGACCUCAAGGCCUCAUUUGUCAGAUUGCAGGAUUCCCUCCUCAGCAAGCAACUGAGGGGACUUGGCAGGAGAGGACACUGCGUUCAGACACUAGUAAACUGGCCUUGGGUUCA